ACGCGAGCCGCGAAGGAGUGUGGGUCUCGCGCGCGCGUGUGUGCGUGCGUGCGUGCGUGCAUACGUGCGUGCGUGCGUACGAUUUGUCGUCGCGCUUCGCAUCGGUGGGCGUAUUAAUCGACGCCUGUCGUCGUCGUCGUCGUCGACGUUGCCAUCGCCGUCGCCGUCGUCGCCGGCGGCAGCGAGUGACAAUUCGACAACGCAACGGUCGCUCGGCUGAUCUUGUGCGUCGCGGGGUGCGCCUUCGACGGCUCUCGCGCGCCGGUGACGGAGAGCCCGUGACGCGAUAACCGCGAGUGUGAUAACCGGGCGCCCGCGCGUAUUACGUAGCGCCGGGAAGCGUCUCUCGCCCCCUUCACGCGCGCGCGCGCGCGCGCAACGACGUCGAAGGUUCGCGACGCGGGCUCGUGUGCCGUGAACAUAGCCGUGUGUGGCGCGACGCGGGAAAGAGCGGCGGAUGCGCGUAUCGCCGACGGCGAGCGGAGGUGCCGCGACGCGGGAUGAGCGCGAGGGAAGUCACCCUCUUCGGCGGAUCCCCCUGGGGCUUCCGCAUGCACGGCGGCUGCGACACGCAUCAACCCCUGCGCAUCUCCAGGGUGAAUCCGGGAAGCAAGGCAGCCCAGCAGGGGGUGAGAGAGGGUGAUCUGAUCAGCAACAUUAACGGGAGAAGCACUCGGGAUCUGACCAACAGCGAGGCGCACGCCCAGUUGCGUAAUUCCGGGGAACAAUUGAAGCUCGGUCUCAACCAGGAAAAUAUCGGCUCGCCGAAAAGGAGGAUCUACAGAAGCAGUCUGCAGGAGAACACCACCACUGAAAUCCAGAACAAGAUCACCACGAGGACCGCAGCGACAACGCGCACGCAGACGGAGACCGAGAGGAACGUUGCCAAUGACACAAAAAUCGAGCAGAGCUACGCCAAUCAGAACGGUGCUCUGAAGAGCUGCCCGAGCGAACAACGAGGCGACGCUAAGAAAGGACACCGCGAUCUUCCGGGCUACGCAACGGACGCGGAGGACUGCGCCGUGAUGCCGCAGGGCAGCGCGCGCAACCGCAACCGCGGCCGCAAGAAUCGGAAUCGACGGCGACCUCAGCCGCCGGCGAACGUCACGGAAUCCCCGCGAAAGGCCGAACAGAGGAAGCCCGAGGAAGAGAAUCGCCCGACGACCUCGAGGAACAAACGCGAUAACGACAAUGACGACGACGACGACGACGACUCGAAGACGAACGACUCCGUCGCGGAGAAUCCCGUCCCGCAAAACGUCAGUCCGACAGAAGCCGAGGAUCGCGGUGGAUUCUCGUUGAAUCGCGGAUGCAAAUUCCGGCCGGGCGACAAGCGCAGAGUCGAGAAGGUCGAGCUAGCGGAAUCCCCCAGGAUAAUCGAGAUCACGACCGUCAGCAGUUUACCUCUGGAGGCGACAAUCGGCCAUAUUGCCGGGGUGGGCAUCCUGGAGACUGGAAGCGGCGAUAAGACGUCGAAGGACCCGACGAUAGUGACGGUAUCGGAGCCGGUGGAAGAAUCUGUUGUACGCUCGCUUUCCGGUUAUGCGAAGACCAGACUGCCACGAGCGAACGAGACUCGAUUGGAGAUCCGAGAAGUCAACGACAGCGACACGGAGGCUGACUGUGGAUCGGCGAUCGUCGAAUUCGAAUCCGAUGCGGAGAAGGAGGGGGUUGGAGGAGAGGACUCCGAGGGUCGCGAGAUAUCCAAGCCGAGGGAUCGGAGCGGGCAGCAGUCCGCGUCGCAGAAGAAGUUCUCUAAACCGGAAACGGAAUCCCCGACCCUGAUGUGGGCCACGGUGAUGCCUAAAGACGUAGAGAAAAAGCUACGGAACUUGAUUGAGGAUCUCCAACUGCCGAGUUUCUCCGAGGAGGCGGCCGAGGACGAGGGGCGGUCUCUCGAAAGAGUGCCGCGGGACGUCGUGACGGAAGAGAGCAGGUCCUUCGAGAAGGCAGGCAGUCCGUCGCGUCGGAAAACGAGGAAGCGCGCGAUGUCGGCGUCGCAUUACGCCAGCAGCUUCCUGGACAUCAUACAGGAGGAGGGCGAGAGGCUGUCGGAGGACGAGGCGCAGCACAUUCGAGAUUUCAUAAACGAGGAGAUUAGCAAGUAUCGGCGCGAGGACAGGCUUUCCGUCGAGAGGACGGCGAACGGUGUCGAAGCGAGAAGGGUUGAUCCCGAGAAGAUCGAACCGACUGCCGAGAAGUUGAAACGCGACGUUGAGAUUAAGACCGAUACGACGGUGAACGACACCACGGAAUUACGAUCGCGCGAUAAAGUGAGCGAUUGCGAGGAGAUUGAAAGCGUCGCGAGUCCUGCAGUGGUGGAAGACACCGAAACGAGGGACGGUAAAGCGGACGCGAGAAACACGUUGAAUGGCGAAUCCUUGGAAGUUGCAGCAAACUCCACGCGAGACGGUUUAAAGGACGGUUGUACCGUUGAGAAAAUUGAGAUUGUGAAAAAUGAUGCUGCGAGAGACGCUGGCGAGGAAAAUAAUAAAGCGAAGGAGGCAGGAAAAAACGUGACAAGUAUCGCGGCGGUAAGUGAUAUCAGUGACGUAGACGUAAGUAAAGCGGAAGAUAAUAAAUUUCCGUCCGAGGUCGAGGCACCUGCGGAAUCAGAGGACCGCGAUGUUCCUCGAAAAGAUUCCAACGAGACGCGCGCGUACAUUAAUCACGGCGCGUCGCGAGCGGACGACAAAGUUGAUUCAUCCUCGAAUUCGUCAGCGGGCGAAGCAACCCCGUCGGAAACGAAGCGACCGCCGCCGCUACCGAGGAGGUCGUCCAGUUUCGGACGCGAGCCUCAGAGACCGCCGACGCCACCUGAAAUAGACUAUAUCUCGAGCGGCGCGAACGUUCACCAGCCGGACGUCGCGGCGAAUGGCGACGGGCGCGAACGCGGGUCGACGGAUUUACCCGCGCUGAAGCGUGCGAGUAGCGAAGCCGCGGACGAGGAGCUGCCGCGACGGCCGGAGCUUCCCGGAACUCGUAAGAGCUCUUCCACGUCGAGGACCGGUCGGGCGAUUUAUGACGGGGAUUCUUCGAGCUCGCGUGACCUCGUCUCGACGAUCGUUCGCGCUAAUGAGAUUCGUGGUCGUGCAAAUCAGGUCGGGCGCGCCGGUACCGCUCCGACGACCGGGUACUCCGAAGCUUCGGCCGAGAGCGGUCGAUCGAUCGCGUCAUCGGGUAUUCGCGACGAUGAUCUGUCACGCUCGCGCGGCACCGGCACGCACGUCGUCGCAUUGGCAAGCGCGACGGGCACGGAAAUAACGCGUCGUGAGGAAGGGAAGCUCGCGACGCCCGCUGCACCGGCGGCAUAUGAUCAAAACGCGUCGUCGUGCCGGCAGGAGGGCGCAGCUGAGGUGUGCGGGUAUCCCUCGGGUCAAAACACGAGUUCGGAGAGGAAGAAUUUUACGGCGGGUCACGAGUCACCGAGGUGCGAUAAGUCAGACAUUCGUGGGGAUUUUUCGAUAAGAGACAAGUCAGCGAUGGGUGCCUCGGGUUCGAAGAGCAAGAGAAAGCCCGAGGGGAAAACCGGGAAGAACGAGAAAUCGACAUCCAGCUUCCAGCACGAACGAGUAGCGAGGAGCGAGACGUCGGAGACGAAAAUAAUCGAACGACACGAGGAGAGCACGAGCGCUAACCAGCGCGAUGGCCUUCGUAAUUUAAAGUAUUCGACGUGGGAGUCGAAGCGCGAAGAGAGGCGCGAGGAGAAGCAGGAGGAAGAAGCGCGCAGCUCGUCCCGAGAGAGCGUCGCGAGGAAUUCGCUCGACGACGAGGCGAGCUUCCGAAGGACCGACGUCCCGGCGAAUCCCUCGCCCGAGGGCGAGCCGGGUGACGUUCAAGGACACGACUCGUCUAGCAGCACCACGUCCUUGAGUACGGUAAAGCACCGUCCGCUGGAAACGUCAUUACCCGACAUCGCCGCGAUCGUCCGCGAGACGAGGGAGGAGAACUCGAAGGACGAGGUAGAAGAAUCCCUGAAGCGGAAACUCACCUUGCUGAAGAGGGAAGCGGGAGGGUCCGCGAGUGAAACGACGCCGGGAGAGAGUUCGGAGUCGCCGCAGCCGCUGCCGUACUCGCCCGUGGAGGAUCUUUACUACACGUCACUGAGCGAAGAGACCGAAACUUGCAAGGAAGCUACGAAAGACGUGUCGCAACGGCCGCCCUCUCUGAGGGAGCUCUGCAUCGAGAGGAUUCUGUCGAUGCCGUAUGGACCGCAGGUGAUAGGCGAGAUCACCACGCCCAAGCUCAACAUCUUUGAGAGUAUACGGAGUCUGCAGAGGUUUGUGAGUGACACGCCGACGAGCGCGCGUCGGCGUGAUAACACCCGACUAAAUUCGCUGCAUGGAGUGAGUGAUCGACGGCACGGACUAACGAAAACGCCGGACGAGAGCGGGCAGCCUCGUCCUAACGACAUUGCGAACGCUGUUUCAGACCGGGCCAAGUCGCCGAAGGGCGUUAAUAUUGAGUUAUCAGAGUCGGAGGGCAAGAUGGGCGGCCGGGAACCACGGUGGCGCGCGCUCACCACAACGAAGGACCCCAGGCUUCUGGUGUGCCUGUCGCCGUCGCAACAGGCCACGCAGGUGCGCACGAGUGCCGACACCCUGCUGGACCUUCACCGAAAGUUCCUAAACCGGUACAGUUAUCGCGAGGAACAGCCGCAUUGCGUUCCUCUGCCGCAGUAUCGGGUGGAGAUCCGUCCGAUGAGAGAUGACGCGGCCUCGAAAACGCUCAAGCCGACCACUCGACCGAUUCCUGGAGACCCCGCCACCGAGGGCUCCGGCAGCAGACUGCUGGAAAUCAUCAAGGAGGAGCGGAACGGUUCUCGAAACGAUGCACUCGCGGAUCAACAGACGAAGGCGAUAACCGGUGACGCCAUGGGCGAUUUUUUCGGGCGCGACGGAGGUCAAGAGUGUUUCAAGGCCGAGCCUCGGCCGGCCGACUGGUUGAAUCUGGCCAAACGCGAUCGCCGGAGCGCCACCGCAAACGAGCUAUUCCUGGCGGGCGAGGACGGCGAAUCGAACGACGAUAAGCCGAACGGUCACGUGGCCCGGCCCGAUCGGCUUAAGAUUGCGACACGUUCCACCACCCAGGCUGGACGUCGACCGUCGGCGAACAACGAUGCGGUGAUAACGCGCGAUCCGGAGAGAUCGUUCGCGAAUAACAUCAAGUGCCCGUUCGUGUCGAACGGUACCGUUACCGAUCGAUCGAUGGACGCCACCGACAAGAGGACGCCGCUUCUCCGGAGGGCAGUCGAGUCCGGCAAACAUGUGAAUCCGGCGUUGAUCGACGACAGACUCGAGGUGCCGCCGUUGCCGAAGCGCGCGGUCACCGUCGACAGAUCCUGCAUCGACACGACGAGCAUCUUCGACCAGAGUCCGCCGAGAAGUCGUCUAGAGCCGCGAAGAGGCCACCACGAAGCGGAGAAACUGAAGCACGUGGCCGCGGUGGAGAUCGUGGGUAAACUGAAAGAGUUGCAGACGGAGACGUCGCGGCGCCUCGACGGCGACAGGAGGGGCUCCUUACCUCAGGAAUACUUUACUCAGCAACUGAGGUACAUCGAGCUGCUGGAAGACCAGCUGAAGAACGUGAUACUGGCGGAGGAAGAGGAAAGAAAGGCCUUCGAGGAAUUCCAGACGCAUUAUCAUCGAACGAAACAGUGUGACGACGCGAGGAGACCGUCUCUCUCCGAUAUCCCGGAGGAAACCUCGAAAAACCCCGGCGUAGAUCCAGAGCGCGGACGUGAAAUUCCGAUCGACGUUCAUGGAAUGACGGACGGAAAAUGCGCGGAAGAUAAGCGAGCGGAAGCUCGAGGUCUCCUCGAGGAGAAGCGUCUCAAAGAGAUCCGUCGGAGCGAGCCGGGAAUUCAGAAAGAAUCUUGGCAGGAGAGUUCGCGAAACGUAGAGAAAGAUCGUACCGAGACGGUCGAUGAGGUUGGUGGUCGGCAGUUCUUAAAGAAAGUAUGUCGCGAGAACGGACACCACGAAGAGGAAUCCGCGGAGAGUAUCGAGCGCGAGGAGCGCCGCGUGAUCACGCAGAGGGGAAACUCGGGGAGAACGACGGGAAAUGGGACGUUGAAGUCUCGCGAGGACGAAGUUAACGAAUGCUGCGCGGAAAGGCGAUCGAUGAGGACACCUCGGAACGAUUCCGAGGUGCUCACCGAGAAGACGACUCAGCGUAAGAGCGAAAUGAAGAGACCGGCGACGUUGCCGACGAAUGGGGAAGCGUUUCGCCAACGAAUGUACGACGAGUACGUGCACAAGGUGUUGGAGCGGCAGGAGCGAAAGAGCCACAAGGUCGUGAAGCUCAGCUCGCACGAGGACAUCAAGCGGAGGGCGGACGGUGACAUGAGCGCGAUGGCGAAGGAGUUCAUCGAGAAGGCGCGCAGCCGGCUGAGCAAAUUUGGGAUCAAUCUCGAUGAGAGCGGGACGGAGCACGAGGAUGAGGAGGGCGACGCCCUGAUGAACGCGAAAUUCCUGAUCGACGGCAAGGAGCUCCAGGACGUGCGGAAGCUGCCGAAACACCUGCGGGAGUUCCUGCAGAUCUCCACGAUGAGCGACGACGAGGGCGGGAGCGGCUGCGAUGCCAUCGCGAGGGGAGGAGGCAGGAAUGAGAGCGAUCUGCUGCACGAGAUCGACAAAGCUUUGAAAAUCGGCAGGGGAUUUCUACUUGGGCAAGAGAACGUUAUGUUCGCCCCCACGUUUAAAGCCUCGUCGGCGAAACCAGGCGUUUGGUCGCCAGGACAAACGCCAGCUGGAAAGGCACCGAGUCCCGAACGAACCAAAGUACGAGAGAAGAAGAGCGAGCCGAUCCCGUCGGUUUGGACCCCCGCCAGCGCCGGCGCGAGCCCCGUCGCCGAGAGGAAGGAAUUUCGUCCCGUGUCGUUUGAGAGUCCUGUGCUGAGCCGGAAGAGGCAGCCAAAGGAAGAGGAGGCGCCUCCGCCCUGGGAAGGCGAGGACGGGAGAAAGGAGAGCGUCUUGCGAAUCGUGAAUUCGCACUCUGCGCCCUCCCAGGGGUUGAACGCACUCGCGUCCACGCCGCGAUUGCCACGUGCCCAGAAUCCGACCAUCACGUUGCUGCAGAAAGCGCGAGAGGGACAAUUGCCGAAAGGCGCGGCUUACUUGGAGGAGAGCGUGUCCAACAAUCGGCCGUUGAGCGACGAGAGGCCGUUGAUCUCUCCGGGAGAGAUAAUCUACACGCUGAAGAAAGAAUACGAGAGUGAGCCGGAAACGGAGAAUGAACCGCCGAAGAAGAUGGCCGAUCUGGGCCCUCGAAAAUUCGAGGGAAUCGGCCCGGUGACUAAGGAGGGUAUCCCUCUCGUGUUGAGAUCGGAAGUCAAGGAAAGCAAUCAAGCGAAAUGGUACAAGAAAAUGUACGACUCGCUGCACCGCGCCGAUAGAGACGAUGACUACGUAACGAUAAAAUACAAAUCAAGAAGAGGAGGGAGAUAUGGAUACGGAAGCGGCAGCGGAUAUUUGAGUGAACCGGAACCGCGCGCAUACUCGGAUCGAUCUGUUACUCUCGAUAGCCGCCGACGGCUGCGCAACAAAGAAAAUGACUUCACCACGGCGACUAUGCCCAGAAAGAACGGGUCGCUGAAGUACUCGGCGGAGAUUUAUAAAAAUCAGCCUGGCCGCAUCGAGGACUAUGAACCAGGACGUUCGUCGAUCGCCGAGAAGGAAGCUAAAGAGUGGUGGGACGAGGUCAUGGACAUAUUUGACGGGUGGCUGAACGAAAACGGACAUCCUCAGCACGCUAGGAUGGAGUCUCUGGGCGGUGGCGUCCGGCAGUCCCGCGUCCUCAGUCUCUCCUAUCGGCCGGAGGACAGUCCCUUCGAUCAGCGUAGCAACGCACGUGCCGCGGCCAAGCCGUACAUAACUCAUGCUCUCAAAGAGUCGGGCUACGAGAGUGACUCGACAUUGGUGUUCCGCCGACGAGAAGACAUCAGUCCGCUCAGCCUUCUGGAGCAGAGACUGGCGUACAAGACGGUGCAGAGCGGUGGCGACGUACCCCUCCAUGGGCUUCGCAAGCCAGCCCCGGAACGUCCGAAGGAAUACUUGAAUGCACCCCCGCCGCCGCCAAAAUCCCAGCACUGCAGAGAUGAUCGCCAAGAAUCGCCGAGGCGUUAUGUGGAGGGUGAGGUGACGAUUCACUAUCGCUCGCCGGUGCGUACAGAGGCGAAGGAGCCGCUGACCGAGGAGGAGCUCGCACGUCGCAGCGCGGAGAACAUGCGGCGCGUCUACCAAGAGGAGCGCCGUCGCAAGUACCUCCAGGAGUUGCACGACAUCGACUCCCGCAGGCACACGGAUAAUUUUAUACCGUCGCAGAAGUCGCCCAUACCCCUGAAUCGCUACGACGAUUUCGUGGACGAUUUGAGCCAGCGGAGUCGAUCCCAAGAUCAAACACCGGAGCCGCGUCUGGUGGCGAGAGCGCUCUACAAUUUCGUCGGCCAGUCGUCCCGGGAAUUGACUUUCCGCCGUGGCGACCUCAUAUUCGUCCGACGGCAGGUGGACAAGAAUUGGUACGAGGGAGAGUACAAUGCGAUGAUCGGACUGUUCCCCUCCAACUACGUUGAGAUCCUGCCGUACGACGGUAUGAUGCGAACGACACCGAAGAAGGCCCACGAGGGACAGGCACGGGCCAAGUUCAACUUUGUCGCCCAGACCAAUCUCGAGCUGUCCUUGGCGAAAGGCGAACUGGUGGUCCUGACGAGGAGGGUUGACGAGAAUUGGUACGAAGGGCGCAUUGGAAACAGAAAGGGGAUCUUCCCGAUUUCCUACGUUGAGGUCAUCGUCGAACCCGGGCAUCGAUCAGAGACACCGAUUCAGAACAAACCGGUCGCGUCUCCGGCGGCGCACAGUCUCUUAGCGAACGGCUCGUCUGGAGGGAAAAUGAGUAUGGGACCCCAUCAUUACGUGCCGUCCAUCCCGGUCAAUAUCAACACAACCCAGCCCCAUUAUAAUUCACUGCCACGUAUGGGAGGGAGCAAGUUGCACGUGUCGCAACUCAGCGAAACCCUGCACAUCGAUACGCACUCGGAGCCGAUCCCAUACCGGGCGCUGUACAAUUACAAACCGCAGAACGACGACGAGCUGGAGCUGAAGGAGGGUGACACGGUGUACGUAAUGGAGAAGUGCGACGACGGAUGGUACGUCGGCUCCAGCCAAAGGACCGGUUACUUCGGCACCUUCCCGGGCAAUUACGUGGAAAGAUUGUGAGGAAGGCCGACGGUCCAGGACUUGGACGCCGCGCGGCGCAUCAGGGCCCAGGAUAGCUUUCACCAAAGCACUAGGCGGAAUCGUUAGGAUAGACACCGAAUUUCUCAACGUUUAACCCGAUCGUCUCCGGCGAUACGUUCGCGAAGGUUUCUGCGAGUUACGCAAUUGGAAGAGACUUAUUGAAACGAAUCCCAAUCAUGUUUUUAUCUUCUUCUUCUUUUAUCGUAAAAAUGAUAAUCGUGCAUGUACAUAACACGCAUGAUUGCAACAUCUGCGUCUUAUACGGUGUAUUAUACUGACUAUAAGUCAAUUAUGAUAAUAAUUUUACGACUAUUCGUUUUUUUGUUUGUUGUGCAGGCGCGCAUGUGCAAUUUUAAUUAUUUCAACGUUCGAAAAUUUUAAGAGAUUUUAGCAAUCAACUUUUUUAUGACUCGUUAGUCUAUUGAAUUUUUAAUUGUUCUCGCAAAUCCCGUUAAUGUACGACACGGAAAUUUAUAUUUUCAAAGAUAUUAGCUGAUGAAUCUCUUCGUUUUAUUUACAGUGAUAUACAAUGUCACUGGAUUGCGUUCGAAACAUUGCAUGACAUAUGCAAUUUCAUCUAACACACGUGACUCGCGAAAUGUUACUGAUACAACGAAUGAGACUUCUAAUUAAAUCCACGCGAUUGCGUCGCACGGAAGUACUUUCGCCGAGUUCGGCGAACGUGAUUAAAAGGUUUCGUGCAACGUCAGACGACUUUUACUCUUAUCGUUCUGAGCGAUGAAUAAUUUGAGAGACGAGAGGGUUAAGCGUCCACAGCGGGAAGUGAAAAACGUCACAACAGUCUUCCUUUUUGGGUCUAACGACGAUGUUAAUCGAUUACGCAGUUAGGAUAAAUAUUAGAACUGUCAGUGUUUGCGGCGUGGCGUAAUGGAGCUCUCGUACGAUCAGAAUUAUUCUCGGCAUAUCGGUAGAGCGUUAAUAUCAAAAAAAGAUAUCAAUAUCACUCGAUAUUCUCUUCGCAUACGUUUCUGUUUGAUGUCACAUCGAUCAUUCUUUGUUACGAUAUGAUCUCCACGCAGUCAACCGCAUGUUAACGAUACUCGGAAAUAAUCGCUGAUCGUACCAGGGCCCUUUUUGUCGUCGAAUUUACCAAAAGAUUUAGCAAGAUAGUACGCUAGGAUACGCGAGUUUGUAAGUAAAGUUUGUAAGUAGUGUACGAUAACAAUUAGUAACUUAUUGUUACUGCUGUUCCUGGCGGCUGCUGGCUCGAUCCGGGAAGAUAUCGAACGAAAGAGAAUAAAGAGGGAGAAAAGAGACGUGUAGACAAUGCGACAUCGAAAGGGGGAGGGGAGGGUUUCAAGGUAUUUGGGAGAUAAUGAUUAGUUUGAGAUUUUAUGGCGGCUGUACUCCGGAGAUGGGAGGCGAAUUAGCACGCGGUGACUUGUGUUGAGUUAGAGAGACGCGGACGGCUGUUUCCCUAUGAUUUCGGUAUUGUAGAUAAAAUCGGCCACUGUUAUUGUUACAUUCGUGAAUAUUUCGAGACUAACGGACUUAUAAUUGAAAGUUUGCCUUCCCAAAUUAAUAUUUUUGUAAGCAUUAUUUGUACCCAGAGUUAUAUAUAAAUAUACAACACAUAUAUA